AGGAAUCUCCUCCUUUGUUUUGCUCCCUCUGUUGGCGUUGGGUUUGUUGGUUGAGAGAGAAGAAAAUCCCGAAAGGCGAAAGUCCAGAAAGAGCAAAACGAUGUCGUACGACGAGGUGGAGAUCGAGGACAUGGAGUGGAACGAGGAGUUGCAGGCCUACACGUACCCGUGCCCUUGCGGGGAUCUCUUCCAGAUCACGAAGGAAGACCUCAAACUCGGUGAAGAGAUUGCUCGGUGCCCUAGCUGCUCUCUCUAUAUCACCGUCGUCUACAACAUCGAAGAUUUCCUCGCCGAUUCCGACCAAAAUCGACGGAACAAGGGUCUCCAACCUUCAAAACAACAAACCGUAACCGUUGCUUGAAUUUCAGAUGUCCUGACAUGUGGGGUGCGUAGUAGGUUUUGUCACGGCAAUAUACUGUUUUGCAGAUAGGAGUUCUUGGUAUUUCUUAUGGAAAAGGGAGAAAAGAAUAUAUGAUAGAUUUAUAUUGCAGCAAUAAUGCUGCUGUUAUUUGCUCUUCUGAAGGGAAUAGGGAGCCAAAAAUUUUGUCAUUGAAUUUGUUUCAAGUUUGAUAUGUCUCAUGUAUCUGGUCUGUGAAACAUUUCUUGUAUUAGUUAGACUUCAUAAUACCACCCGUUUACUGAUUUAUAUA